CGACUGCUUAAGCUGCUGGCUGCAUCACACAUUCGUUUGAGUAGUUCCAUCGGGCGAUGGCACAGCGCCUCAACCUCUCUCUUUCACCAUGGCAAAGACACCCGUUGAAGGUGCCAAGGCUAAGACGAUAGUCUUCCUGCACCCAGACUUAGGCAUUGGCGGCGCUGAGAGGCUUGUCGUCGAUGCCGCCGUUGGCCUGCAGAAGCGCGGCAACAAGAUAGUCAUUUUUACAAGCCACUGCGAUCCGGGCCACUGUUUCGACGAGGCUCGCGAUGGGACCCUCGAUGUCCGCGUCCGUGGCAACACCAUCAUUCCGCCCUCCAUCCUUGGUCGAUUCAGUAUACUAUGCGCCAUACUACGCCAACUUCACCUAAUCCUCCAGAUAUACUUCACCUCAGAGCUCCGUGACCUACACCCAGAUGCAUACUUCGUCGAUCAACUCAGCGCCGGUCUGCCAUUAUUACAGUAUCUACACCCACAGGGGCGCAUAUUCUUUUACUGCCACUUCCCUGACCUCUUGCUGGCUCAAGGUAGGCAGAAGUGGCUGAAGCGUGUAUACCGGGUGCCCUUCGACUUUGUAGAGCAAUGGAGUAUGAGCUUUGCAGACGUCAUUGCCGUCAACUCCAACUUCACCAAAGGCGUCGUCAGUCGGACGUGGCCGGCUCUCGCGCGCUCGAGGGAUCUACGGACCGUGUAUCCUUGCGUCGAUACUAAGACCAAAGAAAAGAUGCUGGAUGACAAGCCGUUGUGGAAUGGGAUGAAGUUCGUCUUGAGCAUCAACCGGUUCGAGCGCAAGAAGGACAUCGCACUCGCCAUUAGAGCUUUCGCCCGCCUGAGUAAGCAGAAACGUGCCGGCGUGAGACUUGCCGUUGCCGGAGGUUACGACCCGCGCAUCGCUGAGAAUGUCGGCUGUCAUAAUGAGUUGGUGGCAUUGGCUGAGUCUCUGGGCCUCAAGAAUCUGACGGUCAGGACCCUACAGACAGCUCAAGCUGUACCACAGGACGUCGAAGUCUUGUUCCUCCAAAACGUGACCAACCUACUGAAGGAGAUGCUCCUGUCGUCAGCUCGUCUUCUGGUCUACACCCCUGCCAACGAACAUUUCGGCAUCGUGCCCCUUGAAGCAAUGCUAAGCGGUGUCCCCGUCCUUGCCGCAAACACGGGUGGGCCUGUAGAGACUGUCGUAGAAGGGCAGACUGGCUGGCUGCGCUCUCCCGACGAAGUCGACGAGUGGGCUGCAGUCAUGGAUAAGGUUCUUCACCAGCUCAGUCCGCAGGAGCUUGCCAAGAUGUCUCAGGCAGGUAUUGAGAGGGUGAAGAACUUCGGGGAAGCGGAAAUGGCUCAACGCAUGGACGCAAUAUUUGAUGAGACACUCAGCACGAAGAAACGCUCGGGAGGUAAUAUAGGAACGGUAAUCUUUCUAGCAACGGGGUUAGGCGUAGCUACUGCGACGGCGACUGUUUUUGCUAAGUUAUGGUCAUUCUAAAGGAAAUAUCUGGCGCACUUACCUCUACUUGAUGUGCCGGAUGCGGCGAUGGCGGAGAACGUCUUGUACAAUACCCAGGUAGAGCUAUGUAGACUUGUGAUGCGUUCUAUAUACUGUUUUAGAUACUGUCCUG